UUGCGUUUCACGUUUGAUACGUUUCAGAUCGUUAAAAUAGGGCCCUUUGUGUUGUUUCAUAAACAAAUCCUGCUAGCUCUCUAAUCUAUCCAUCUUUACUUAAGCAGAAUUUAAAGACCCAGUUUUAAUGAGGAGUUUGCUGACAAAGCAGCUCGCUGCAUGAAACACCAGACAACGGCUAAUGUUAAGUGACAAUUUCACCUUUAUUAACAUGGUGAAGAAUCAUUAGUAAAGGUCGGGAUGACAGGCUGGAGAAGGUUGUGGUGCUCAGGUGGUGACUGUAAAGAGAGCAACACACUGAGAGAGAAAAGACUCAUUAAAUCACAAGGACGUCACUGGCAUGAAUCACAGCAGCUUUUUAUCCUUCAGCUGUGCGGGUCCAUGUGCAUGUUGAAGGUGAUUUAAAAAACGAUUAUUUAAGAUGAUUAAAAGUGGUUGUUGUCCAAUGUUUCUAUUGCAGAUAAAGACAUCUUGCUGCCAAUAUCAUUAUUCAAAAUUUUGAUUUAAGAUCUAAAAAUCAGGUAUUCAAGGUCGCCAUCAAACAUUGGCAUGUUUCAAUUUCAUUUCUAAAUUUUAUGAAUAACCAUGUGCACAUUAAUGUUAAUUCAUUACAAUGAAUAGAGGCACUGUUUAUUCGGAGUUGAACUCACAUGUACAGUCCUAAUGCUGUAAAUACUACUAGAGAGCCAAAUGUGUAUUAAUCCGCAGCUGAAAAUAGUCCCAACAAAUGCACCAUUUUUUCCUGUUCGAGUAAUGUUUUUAAUAAAAACUACAGUGCCCAGCUGUUUUAGGAAAUUACUGAGCUUGUUUUAAAAAUGUAAUAUUUUUAUUUUAAAAUUAAAUAUUUGAUAUCCUGGAAGGCAGGUGAAUAAUUAAAUCACAACAAUUUACGGAGGAAUGUGUCACCCAGAAUUUGGUUCCCAUGGCAGGUCUGAUGUUUCAGAGGUCAUGAACUCUGAACACAGAUGCUUAUAGAGAAAUAAAAGCAGCUUUGCCUUUGCUCCAGCUGCUUGAGUGACAUUGAUCUUGCAGUAGAGAGACAGUGUCGUCCCUUAGAGACCACAUGCAUGGACAGAGGCUACAUUUUCCUCUUUUCACUGCAUGAAAAGGGGGGAAAAGUAAAUUUUUAUAUAUAUAUAAGUAAAUAUUUACAUAGAAAUUACAUUACUUCUUGUUAUCAAAAAUGCAUUUGAUAACAAGAAGUAAAUCCACAUUAGACUGUGAUGAUUAAAAUGUUUUUUGGCCAGAGUAAGGAGAAAGUUCCUCUUUUUGAAAUCGAGGCGAUGGGGGAGGGUUUAACCAGAAAUUCCCACUUGCUUCCUUCAUAAUACGUUGAUUGCUGCUCAGACAGAAAGCUGUUCUUUGUUUGUGCUGGAAUGUGCAGCUUAAUCUAGUGUAUUGCACCAAGGAGCUAAAAACUUGAAAACUGUGCAGACGGCAGGAUGUGGUUGCAAGGUGAGGACAGUGCAGCGGCAGAGUCUGACGGAGAGAGUGGUUUAUCUUCCGAAGAUGAGGGAGACAUUCAGUGUGAGAUCCUGGAAAUUCAGAGGGAUGAAGCCAAUCAGAGGCUGUCUGAAUUGGAGGAAGUCUCCAAUCAGCUGUUGAAAGAGAUAAACGUGCUGGAGAUGCAGUUCCAGAUUGAGCGCUCCUGCAGGGAGAGUGCUGAGGCGCUGGCUGUCAAGGUGACCAAAGAGAACAAAGUCCUGAAGAGGAAGAGCCAGAUGCUGAUGCCGUUCAUCCCCGAGCUGCCUGAAGACUUGGCUGCCCUGACCUUUGACCCAGAGACUGACCCCCCGGUUAACGGUGAUGAUGUGGUUGAUCUCGGUGAGGAGACGCUGCUGCUGGAGAGUCAAGCCAAGAUAGCAGCGCUGCAGGCAUCAGUGGACGGUCUGCUGGCUGAGAAGCUGCAACUGGAGCAACAAGUGGAGGAUCUGACCAAAGAGCAGGUCCAACUCAGAGAGCAGCUAGCUCUGGAGGUCAAGGAGAAAGAGGCCAUACUGAGGAAAGUGAGCAAACAGAACAAGACCAUGAAUAAAAUCAAACGCGUCUCCCAGCUUGUCACAGAGGAGUUCACAGAAAUGUCUCAGAAGCUGGAGGUGGAGCAGGGCCUACGGCAGCACGCUGAAGUCUUCGCCCACCAGAUAUUGGUGCAGCAGAAUGCUGCCCACAGAGAGAGCGUGAUGCUGACGCAGAGCUCAGAGACCGGCCUGCAGCUGCAGCAGGCGCUGGAACAAAUUUCCAACAUCAGCACGGCCCUGUGUGACAUACAACGCUAUUACCAGAACCAGGUGAAACUGAGUCCGAGCGCUGUGGAAGAGAGCAGCUUCCUCUCUGAGCGGCAGAACCUGAGAGAACAGCUGGAGAAGAGUGAGGAGGAGAGGAAGGCCUUGAAGACUCAGCUGUCUGAAGCUAACAGCACUGUCACGGAGCUCCAGGUGGAAGUGAAACAGUUACGGGAUGCACUGAACCGGGAGGAUGAAAUUGAUGAAACAGAGGAGAAAGCCGCUCCUGCUCCACCUCCACCGCCGCCUCCUCCCCCUCUUCCUCCUCCUCCCCCUGCUGUCACCAAUUCACUUGAUUUCCUGAGAAGCAGGAGAAAAGAAAGAGCCAGUAAAGCUGAAAACAAAGCAGCACCCUCGUUGGACCUGAAGACGAAAGCGGUGGAUGAAAUGAUGGAGAGAAUAAAGAGAGGCAUCGUCCUGAGGCCCAUGAAGAGAAUACAGGAGGAUGACAACUCAUGGAAGGACCAGAGGAGUGAAAACAGAAAGUCAGCUAUCGUGGAGUUGAAAGGAAUGCUGGACAACAUGAAGCGACAGCACCUCCGCAGAGUGCCUUCCAGACGGGGCCGAAAUGUUGGGGAAGCAGAGCUCCUGCAGGUGCUCCAGAGGAGGAGGAGAGUCAUGGGGGAGAACAGGGACCAAACACAGGACCCCCGGCCAGGUUCACAGUGCGUCCCAGCAGCAGGAGAUGGUCCCUGGGCAGGCGAGAGCGGCAGCGCCCCUGUGCUCCGGAGGCUGAAACAGAAUAGAGAGAAGAGAGACUCUCGCGUCAGAGCAUCGGCACUGCUCAACAGCCAAGAAAACUGAAAGCAGUUACAGGAAGUCUUAUUGUCAUUGCCGUUUUAUACGAUGAUGAGUUUGUGGAGUAAACUGCACCUGCAAUAAAAAAAUUAAUAAUUUAGUGAUAAA